UCAUCAACAAGCACGCAAAUCGCAAAUCAGCUCGCAAUCUCGCAAUUACUACCAGGUAUCUACUCCUCUCCAUCAAACAAGCAACAAAAAACAAAAAACAAAGAUCGACCAUGGCAUCAUCAUCAUCAUCAACUUCUGAAGAGUACAUUUGGACAGAGGCGCCGGAAGAGGCCGAGUCGUUUAGUGCUCGCCAUGUGACCCUGGCAGUGAUUCCGCACAUUACGGGGUUCCUGUCUCUUUUGGGUUCUACAUUGAUUGUGGUGGACGUGUACCGCCGGCGAUUCGAGACGGUCUAUCAUCGUCUCCUCUUGGGUUUGGCAGUUUCGGAUAUCAUUGCCAGCAUUGGCUUUUUUCUUUCGACAUGGCCCAUUCCGGAAGAAUCCAUGACAUCCUGGGGGGCGAUUGGGAAUCUACAGACGUGUGAGUUUCAAGGCUUUUUGAUUCAAUUGGGAUUGGCAACGCCGCUCUACAAUGCCGCGUUGAGUAUCUACUACGUCCUGCUGGUCCGGUUCAAUUGGAAACAAGCGAGUCGCGAAAUGAUUCGCUUUGAACGAGUCAGCCAUGGCGUCGCCGUUGUCUUGGCAUUGGGGACUGCCAUUGCCAGUCUCGUCUUGAAUCUCUACAAUGAUGCCAAUCUGUGGUGCUGGAUUGCCCCGCAUCCCAUGGAUUGUGUCAAUAGCAUCGAAAAAGAUGAUGGCGUGGGGACCUGCAUUCGAGGCGACAAUGCAUGGGUCUACCGCAUGGCAUUUUACUUUUGUUGGCUCUGGGCCAGCUUUGUCGUUGUCACGGGGUGCAUGGGAGCCAUGGUGCAUGCCGUCUACCAACAGUCAACCAAGAUGGAUCGAUACCGACAAGCGGGAGAAGCACCCAACAAGGCUCGAUGGGAUCGAGUACAGUCCGUGGCGAUCCAAUCGUCGCUCUAUAUUCUCGCAUGCAUCCUCACGGCUCUCCCCGUCAGUAUUGCCCGCAUCUUGCAGGCCAAGUACAAUUGUACCAGUACCUACUUUCCGCUCAGUAUGACAACUGUCUUGUUCUUUCCAACACAAGGACUCUGGAACGCAUUGAUUUACUUUCGUCCUCGCGUGGGGAAAUACUGGGAGGAGCAGCGGAAGAGGUCCCAACAAUCGUCCUCGGCGACCAUUAGCACGUCACUGGGAACGGCUUUCACCAAGUUUUUCUCGCCCAUGUCCAGGAACACGAAUUCCGCAGCUAGUUGCAAGGAGUCAACCACACAUCAUGCUUCUACAUGUACUACAGAACGUCUUGGAGGAUCUCCCCAAAUGUCCACGGUACCCAAUGCAACACCAGAAGAGACAGAGACAGCAGUAGACGCAUCAUCAAAGCAAACAGAUGAGACCAUAAUAUCUUCGGAUCAGAAUGACGACAAGGUUGCCCCGGAAGUCGUUGAACAUCGCCGCAACGAUUCACCAAUACAGUAGUGCCAUGAAAUAGACUCGAGUCGAGUCGACUUGUGGGGAGGCAGGACCUUAAUGGUGAAGGACCACGCACCAUGGUCAGUUAGCUAAUGCAUUGUAAACUAUACAUCGUACGUUACUACAUUC